GACGGAUAAAAGUUUUUGAACUCUCGCUUUUUCUCCUCCGAAUGUUCCGCCUUUCUCGGCGGCAUCGGUGAAAUUGCUGCCAUCAGCGGACGGCGCGAACCCGAACGCUCCGCAGACGCGCCUCGCGCUCGCACUUAGCGCCGGGCGAACACGCGCUCAGUCACUCGCGCGCGCGCGCUCUCUCUCUUUCUCUCUCGCGCGCGCACACACGGACACGUACGCUCUCGCGCACACCUCACACCGGGAACCCUGCAUCCGAGCGGACGUCGCGUGGAGACAUGGACCGGGCGAGCCGCGGCAUUUAAGAAAUACGGUGCAAUGAAAAAGAAGAUAUGAUAUGAGGAAACACUGACUGCCUGCAUGACAUGACAUGAGGCGUUUUGCUUGUUGGACGGACCGAACUGAAGAGAAAAUACUUGCAGAAACACCAAAUACACCAAGGAGGCUUUCCAGUCUGGCCACGGAGCCCACUCCUUCUACUCCAGCGCCUCUACCAGUUCCUCCCGGCUUUCCCAACACUUGUCUUCUUCCAGCCGUCGCUGUUGUCACACACACACUACUUGUUGAAUGUCACUCCGAUUCCUGCGCUGUGUUUGUCGAGGCGUCUGGUGCAGCUGGUCGGGAAGAGUCCAGUACAGAAAAAUUAAAUCGAACUGAAUAAUGAAUUAAUUGAGACAAAGAAUCGGUGCGAACUGAACCAAGUGAUAGAAAUCAGCCGUGAAAGAAGACCUUGCUGUAUGUCGAAAAGUGGCAUGGGUGGUUCUUUACCAUCUGUGUGUGCAUGUCUGUCUGUUUACCUCAGCUCGCUGUGACGCGUAACUGACCCGCCACGGCUGGGCUUCGGAGCUGAGAGGGAUGGUUGGAGGGAGGCUGCUGUUCCUGUUCCUGCUGAGCUGGGGGGGUGAGCCAGCGGAGGGCAGAAGUUCACACCACCGUGCCGGGAGCAGACACGGCCGGGAGACCCAGGACGUGGUCCUGGCCGUAAUCCUGCCGCGCAACAACACGUCGUACCCUUGGGCCUGGCCCCGUGUGGGCCCUGCACUGGACCGAGCGGUGACGAGCAUCAACAAGGACCCCGCACUCCUGCCGGGCUACCACGUACGCUACGUGUUUGAGAGCAGCGAGAAUGAGGCGGGCAUCUGCUCUGAAUCCAUUGCUCCCUUGAUAGCAGUGGACCUCAAGUUCAACCAUAACCCCUGGGCCUUCAUUGGCCCCGGCUGUGAUUACACCUCCUCGCCCGUGGGCUUCUUUACCUCCCAUUGGGGGCUGCCCAUGAUAACAGCGGGCGCACCAGCCAUUGGCUUCUAUGGCACCAAUGCUUACACAUCAAUCACCAACACGGGACCCACGCACCGGAAGCUAGGGGAGUUUGUGCUGCACAUGCAUCGCUUUUUUGGCUGGCAUCAGCAGGCACUCCUCAUGUUCAGCGACAACAAAAUAGACGACCGUCCAUGUUACUUCGCUGUGGAAGGCCUGUACAGUGGGCUGCAUUCCUACAACAUCACCACUGAAGACCUGGUGUUUAAUGAGGAAACCCAGCCCAUCGUGUAUGCCAUGUUUCUGCAGGAGAUUAAGCAGAAGGGUCGCGUGGUUUAUGUAUGCUGUUCACGGAACACUUUCCGCCAGCUGCUGGUGCAAUUCUACAAGAGCGGCAUGCCACGGGAGGAGUAUGUCUUCUUCUAUAUUGAUGUCUUUGGACGCAGCCUAGACACCAUACCAGCUAAGCCAUGGGCUAGAGGAGACACAGAUGACAUGAUCGCCAAAGCUGCCUUCCAAAAUGUGAAGAUCCUGACCUACAGGGAGCCGCAAAACCCUGAGUACAAGGGGUUUGUGUCAAACCUGAAAGCAGACGCCAAGAGGUUGUUCAACUUCACUGUGGAAGACUCAUUGAUGAACCUCAUCUCUGGAGGUUUCUACGAUGGGAUUAUGCUGUACGCCCAUGCUUUGAACGAGACCAUGGCUGAGGUGCAGGGCAUCCCAGCAGGAAACACUGUGACCAAGAGGAUGUGGAAUCGCACUUACCAAGGAGUGACGGGACUCAUCCAGAUAGAUGAAAAUGGGGAUCGCGAAAUAGACUUCGCUCUGUGGGACAUGACUGACACUGAAACGGGCACUUUCCAGAUUGUGUAUGUGUACAAUGGCACCCAGAAGCAGAUGGUGCCUGUCCCUGGAAUGGCCCUCCAGUGGCCAGGGGGCUCAGUUCCCCCUGAUGUGCCAGUCUGUGGCUUCAAGAACGACCACCCUGCGUGCAUAGCAAGGACUAUCUCAAUGCACCAAAUGGUCUUCAUUGUGGUGUGCUUCGUCAUCGUCAUCAUCAUUACCAUCAGUGUAUUCAUCUAUAGGAAACUGAAGCUGGAAAAUGAGCUUGCAGCACAGCUCUGGAGAAUCUUUUGGGAGGACAUUCAGAUGAGCAAUCUGGAGAAGGUGCUACGCAGUGCAGGCAGCAAGCUCACUCUCUCACUGAGGGGCUCCAACUAUGGCUCACUCCUGACAGCAGAAGGCAACUUCCAGGUUUUUGCUAAAACAGGCUACUUCAAGGGCAAUAUUGUGGCUAUUAAGUACAUCAACAGAAGGCGUAUAGAACUCACCAGGAAAGUGCUGUUUGAGCUGAAGCACAUGCGGGAUGUGCAGAACGAGCAUCUGACUCGAUUCAUUGGAGCUUGUAUCGACCCCCCAAAUGUCUGUAUUGUCACUGAAUACUGCCCACGGGGCAGCCUACAGGACAUCAUGGAGAAUGACAGCAUCACCUUGGACUGGAUGUUCAGAUACUCCCUCAUCAACGACAUUGUCAAGGGCAUGGCAUUCCUUCACAACAGCGUGAUUAUGUCCCAUGGCAACCUCAAGUCCUCAAACUGUGUGGUUGAUAGUCGCUUUGUGCUCAAAAUCACUGAUUAUGGGCUGGCGAGCUUCCGCAAUGAUCCUGACACAGAGGAUGCUCAUGCCUAUUAUGCCCGGAAGCUGUGGACAGCACCAGAGCUGCUGCGAAGUGACUCCCCACCCCCCAGUGGGACACAAAAGAGUGACAUCUAUAGUUUUGGAAUCAUUCUGCAAGAGGUGGCACUACGCAAAGGGGCCUUCUACCGGGAAGGAGAACUUCUGAGUCCCAAAGAGAUUGUCGACCGUGUGGUGUUGGGAGAGUGGCCCUAUUUCCGUCCAACAAUCUGUCUACAGAGCCACAGUGAGGAGCUGGGUCAGUUGAUGCAGCGGUGUUGGGCAGAAGACCCAAAUGAUAGGCCUGAAUUCCACCACAUUAAGAUCUUCCUUCGUAAGCAUAACAGAGGUAAUGGCACCAACAUCCUGGACAACCUGCUGUCCCGGAUGGAACAGUAUGCCAACAAUCUGGAGGAGCUUGUGGAGGACCGUACCCAGGCCUACCUGGAGGAGAAGCGCAAAGCCGAGGCCCUACUCUACCAGAUUCUUCCCCACUCUGUCGCAGAACAGCUGAAGAGGGGCGAAACAGUGCAGGCUGAGGCUUUCGACUCUGUCACCAUCUACUUCAGUGACAUUGUGGGCUUUACUGCCAUCUCUGCUGAGAGCACCCCCAUGCAGGUGGUCACCCUCCUUAAUGACCUCUACACAUGCUUUGACGCCAUCAUAGACAACUUUGACGUUUACAAGGUGGAAACAAUAGGUGACGCCUACAUGGUCGUGUCCGGUCUCCCAGUGCGAAAUGGCAAGUUGCACGCGCGGGAGAUCGCCCGUAUGUCACUGGCGCUGCUGGGUGCUGUGCGAACUUUCAAAAUCCGCCACCGGCCCGACCAGCAGCUGAAACUGAGGAGCGGCAUUCACACAGGCCCAGUGUGUGCUGGUGUGGUGGGGCUGAAGAUGCCACGUUACUGCCUCUUUGGAGACACAGUUAACACCUCCUCUCGCAUGGAAUCCAAUGGAGAAGCUCUGAAGAUUCAUGUGUCUUCAGCCACACGGGAUGUGCUGGAGGAAUUCAACUGCUUCCAGCUUGAGCUCCGGGGAGAUGUAGAGAUGAAGGGCAAGGGCAAGAUGAGAACCUACUGGCUGCUUGGAGAGAUUCAGAGCACCACGUGAUGGAGACAGGGUGGGCUAUGGACAGGAACAUGCCAAGGAACCCCUCCCCCCAUGCAGAUUCUUCAAAAACACAGCUUUACAUUUUCUUAGACACACUGACCGACUGAGCCUGUUCCCAGCUCAUGCUGUAUAUGUGUGUUUCUAAUGAGCAUUUUUCUCAUCCUCUUUGAUCCUUUUCAUUUGAUGAGAUUCAGACAUAGUUUGACAAUUUAGCGCUAGUGUAUUGUACCCUGGCGUUGCCUGUGUGAUGUGGAAGACUAACUGGGUUUCUGGAACUAUGGACCUCUCCUUCUGCUGAUUAUGUGAUGUAGCGUUUUUGCCAUUUACCUUGUUAGUAGUAUUUGAAGUCAGACCAUGACAAACUGAUCUGUACCUUUAACAGGACUAAAAUAGAUUGUAUUGUUUUGUAUUGUAUAAUUUGUCUCUAUAGACCAGUACAACUUUCAUGUGUUAGUAUGAGAUGAUUUUGCCUGUAAAACUGAAUUAAAAUAUUCAGCCUUAGGGAAAAUUCACAUCAGUUCACUUAAUUAUAAUAGUUAACUCAAUCAUCCUAUCUAUACAAAAACUCUAUGUCACUGUUCUCAGUACACAAAGUGUUAUUGCUGUAUAGCUCCUUUGUGCAUUGCUUACAGAAUUGCUUUAUGGCGUCCACCCCUCACCCAGACCAACAGGAUUAUGGUCCUGAUUGUAUGCAUCACACAAAGUAAUACGACUGCAGUCACACACAAUAUCAGAACUAAAGUCCUGAUUGUACAAAUCACACACACCGAGUGAACUGUGGCUCUGAUUGUACUCAUCACACUAACAAAUGGGAAUGCAGCUCUGAAUGCAUGUAAUAGCGCGGAUCUUCGUCUGGUCUUCUGGACACCUUUAGCAGUUGUUUUGAAAGAAAAAUCCCUGUACAUUCCUCUUGUCAUGAAGGUUCUGGACUGGGAUUCUGAACUGUAGAUGUCUUGCUAAUGAUGUACAUACUCAAACUAAGCCUCAAGGGAAAAGGACUAAAAAACCUGAAACAAUAGAUGAGGUGACUGUGGUAGAAUGUUUUUAAAUCUUUACCAGCAUUAGACCUUCUUCAGGAGGAGAGCUGUGGGUAGAAGGACAUGAGUGAACGGUUUUAGACGGGUAUACUACAUACAUACUGUACAUACAUAAUAUAAACCUUGGAGAAAUGUGGAGCACCUUCUCGUCUUUGUAAAUUCAAGAGAGUUUAGAUUCUUGCCAAAAUAACCUGCCCAGUGACAAACACCCUAAAUAUCUUGUGUGAGUUUCAAUGAUGUACAGCACUUUGUCUUAGCUUGUCAACACUGCAGCCUUACAGAGAAUAAUAUGGCCAGUCCAUCAUGACACACAAUGCUUUUGGUGUAAAUAAACCUUGCAUAGUGUACAUAAGUUCUGAAUGAGUGUUUAAAUCACUUCUUUCAUCUGGCAAAAUUUUGUUGUAUUUUUCAUCUCUUUGAAGUAGUAAAAUGUGAA